GAAUUUCUGAGUGCAGUAUGAAGUACCUAUUCCUUGAGAAUGAUAAAGCAUCUGGGUAAUGAAGCUGAACUUGGGAUUAUGCAUUUAUACACCCUGUGAUUCUGUUUAUUGCCAAAAGUGAAUAAGAACAACCUAUACUGAAAUGGAUUGACUUUGAGGACAGGGACUGCCUCAUCAUUUUUUCCAUUGACAAUUGGCUUAAUUGACAAAAAACUAUUGAUUUUAAGCUCUUUUUUUGUUUUUGGAUUUAUUGCAUGAAAAAAUGCUUUGAAAAUAGGCAGAGAGUACAGUAUGUUGAAAAGCAACUGAAUGUUGGGCCUAUUGUGAGUAAAGGAUAGUUUGUAUAGGCGUUGAAACACUCUUGAAUGUUUUUCAAAAAUUGUCAAGACUUAUGAACCAAUAACCUUGUACAGUAUAUUCUUCCAACAAUAACAGGUUUUUGGAUUUGUGACUUAAUUUUCCCCAUGAAUUUAAAAUAUAGCUCAUCGCGAUGAAAACAGCAGCCGACGAGGGACGCCCGAAAGCCCCGUUUUACUUCCGGUUCCCACAUUGGAUCAUUUUGGCAGUGCUUUCGUUUGUCCUUUUGGGUCCGUAUCCGUUAUACGCUGGGAUUCUCGUGAUUUCCGUUCUCGUCGUGUGCACUAGUGUCUUGAGAAAGCAGUGUUUUGCGCGAAUCACUGAGGAUUUCACUCCGGAAUACAAUGAAGUGUGUCACGAGGACAAGGUGGAGCAUUUCAAGUCGCUCGCCGGAGUGGAAUCUUCAGACGAGGGUCUGAAGAAGAUGGGCAAGUUUCGCUUGUUGGACCUUGGUUGUGGGGCUGGUGCGAAUUUGAUGUAUUAUCCCGAUAAUGCCGUCGUGAUUGCGGUGGAUUACAAUCCGUCUAUGGAGACAUUUUUCAGGUUGAAGCGGCUUGAAAUGGAACCCCAACUAGAAAGGUUUUUAGUGACCUCUGCCUUGGACCUGAAGGACAUUGAAAGUGGUUCUGUGGAUGUGGUGUCUACAUGCAUGCUUCUCAACUACCUGGAGGACUAUGACUUGUUUUUUGCUGAAGUGCUCAGGGUUUUGGCACCUGGAGGCAAAUAUUACUUUUGGGAGCAUGUUUUGGACCCCAAUCCCAGGUCCCUGUUGAGAGCAUCUCAGUGGUUCUUGGAGCCGAUCGUGACCCGAUGUGCAGAUGGGGCCCAUUUGAUCAAGAAAACUGCGAUCGAGUUUGAGUCCCGAAGGCACUUGUUUCAGGACCUUAGCCUCAGGCAUUUUUACAUUUAUCCGCAUGCUCACAUGUCCGCGGCGACCAAAUUUUUUGUCUGGUUUUUGCAAAGCGCGAAUAUUUGCGGCGUUGCGUCGAAAAAUAUGCGCUGAAUGUUUAUUUUUGAUAUCAUUUAUGAAUGUGAUGGUGAAAUUUUUUUUGUGGGGGGUAAAGUACUAAUUGUUUCAAAGUGACUUAUUCUUGCAUUUGCUGGGUGCUGUUAUAUUAUAUGGAGCUCAUGUUCAGAAGUUUUUAUUCAUCAAAAUGCUUGUUGGAGGGAAAAUUCAGUCUCAAAAUUACUGGAAUAUAAAUUUAAAAACCAUCUAUGGAAAUAUUUGCCUUAAAAAAAAAAACACAUUCAGAGGCACUACUGGCGAAUAAUUUGGGUACAGUAUUUUCCGCUCGGUUUGCUUGCAUGAAAUUUUUAUUUAAUAUUGCAAAGUCUGAAUUCAUGUCUAUAAAUAAAAGGAAUAUUUAUGUUUUCUUUCAGAAGACACGCUUUUUCCAAAGUUGUGUCAUUGAUUAAAAAUUAAAUCUGGCUGAAAAAAGAAAAAGUAUAGGCCAUAUUUGAACAGAGAUAUUUUUUGGAUUGUUGAUUUUUUUUAGCAAAAUUUCAAAUUUCUUGGAUUUUUGCUUGAAGAAAAAAGGUUGGAAGCU